UGUAAGUAUAAUUCAUGAAUAUUUGAGUUAAGCCAGUAACGUCAAUAUUUCUUCAUUCGGUCUGUCAGAUAAAUCAAAUUUUACCCUGUAGUUGUACGAAUCUGUUUUAUCUCGUCCGGUCGGUGACGUAGAUCAGCAGCUGCCGUCAGAAUGGGUCAAAAUCAAUAUGGUGGUUUUUGUCGUCCAGUCAUACGUCAGCUACUGAUAAAUAUCACGAAAAAAUGCGGACUCAGCAUCUUGAUAAGACGAAAAAAUAACUCUUCUCUCUUGAACAGAACGUUCGUUGCGUUUAUCGUGCGGCAUUAAAGAUACCUUAUUAUUUCCUGAAUUUCAUAUUCUAACCUGUACGCGUUACUUAUCAUCGCGAGAUGAAAGUAUCGUGAGAUAGACCAGUGACAAAUAUGGCAUUAUGUCAACGUAGGAAAUCUUCGUUAUAAUCUCCACGUGAAUAAAGCUGACGUCAAUGAGCAAGAAUUGAUCUUGUUUAUUCUGACUUGCGUGGUUCUUUUGGCCCGAAAAAAUGGGAUCGAACGAGGAGAAUAGACUUGCAAACGGCGACGUUCGGGUACACAGAGACGUUGAUUGGGCUAGAUACGGUUUACGUGACCCAGAGGCACAAGAAAACGCAAAAAGAAAUAAUGGAGAUGAUAAUAAUGCUCUUGGUCCAGAAAUGUAUCAGGCCGGUGCAAACGAAUUGUUCGCGCAGGAAUAUAGUUCGGAUCCUUGGUGGAAAUCGAACUUUUUUAUCUCCCAGCCUGUGUUGUUUGGCACCUGGGAUGGCGUUUUUACAUCUUGCCUUAUUAACAUAUUUGGUGUAAUUGUAUUUCUGAGAUCUGGCUGGAUAGUUGGUCAAGCAGGUGUUUUGAAUGCAGUAUUAAUCAUCUUUUGUACAGUAUGUAUUGCAUUGGUGACAGUACUGUCAGCUGUGGGUAUAUGUGAACGGAGUAGAGUCGAAAGUGGUGGAGUGUACUUUCUCUUGUCGCAUGUACUGGGUUCUAGAUUUGGUGGCUCUAUCGGAUUACUUUACUGCUUCGGGCAGGCGGUGGGUUGUGCUCUAAACGUUUUAGGUUUUGGGGAAUCAAUGGCCGGUCUUGUAGGUUUGAAUUCAGCAUGGACACAACGCGGCUUCGCGUGCGCAGCCGUUAUAUUGUUGUCCGUAAUUAAUGUGGCUGGUGUUAAAUGGGUUAUAAAAUUGCAAUUUAUCCUCUUACUUAUCCUACUCCUCGCUGGAGUUGAUUUCAUGGUUGGAAGUUUUACUCAUACCAACAUUGAUUCUGGUUUUGAAGGUUGGCUUUCAGGAAAUUUGAGGAACAAUACCUUUCCCGAUUAUCAAGAUGGAUAUAACUGGUUUACCGUGUUCGGUGUAUUCUUUCCCACGGUCACCGGUGUUUUAGCUGGAAUUAACAUGAGCGGAGAUUUGAGGCAUCCAUCUAGCGAUAUUCCCAAUGGUACUUUAGCGGCGUUGGGAACUGGAACGUUUUUAUAUUUAUGCUUUUCGUUAACUCUCGCGGCAACUUGCGUCAGAAAUGCUUUGCUUAUCAACUUUACUAUAGCAUCAACGGUAUCAGCAAUCUCAGUGUUACUACUUGCUGGUCUGUACGUAUCAUCGUUUAGUAGCUGUUUAGGUGCCAUGUAUGGCACACCUCGCGUUCUUCAAUCUAUCGCCAGUCAAAAUGUUAUACCAGGAAUGAGUUGCUUGCAAAGAGGGAGAGGACCAAAUAAAGUACCUGUAUACGCUAUGCUAGUUGUUGCUGUAGUAACGUUGACUUUCAUCAUUACCGGACAAAUUAAUACACUCGCUCCAAUUGUGACAAUGCCAUUUCUGUUAACGUACGCCUGCUUAGAUUAUGCAUACUUUGCUCUCGCACAAACGUUUGAUCUUCGGCACACCCGCGAACAACGAUUCCGUUCGCAAUCUCCGACAUUCGAUCGCAAUUAUGGCUCCGCAAGUAGGAACAACUCAUUAAUUGAUAUGGAUAAUGAUUUGGACAGUCUGUUUCCCGAGAGAAUAAGACAUAAAAAUCUUAUGGUAAGAAAUCAUAUGCACCAAAGCAUAUUAUCUCUUUUGAAGAUUUAUCCAGUAAUAUUUACUGACAUUUACAUACAGAGAAACAACAGUAUUUCUGACAAUAAUGUAUAUGUGGAUUCAUCACCGAGUAUCGAGGAUGUCAGUGUUUCCGGUACACCAGAACGAAAAGUUCACAUCCAUAAUAAACUAGGAAAUUGGUAUAGUCCUUUGUGCAAUAGAUGGUUUUCGUUAUUGGGUUGCCUUGUAAAAUUACUUAUAAUGUUUCUCGUACACUGGGGAUAUGCGAUCGCUAAUAUUGUCGUCGUAUUUCUCGUUUGGAGUUAUGUCGGCCACGCUAACCCUGCUGUAAAACCUGGAAUUUCUGCGGAAUUCCAAUUCUUUAAAUGGUUUCGAAUUGCAUUACUUCGAAUUAUGGGGAGGAAAGUUUAUGAUUACGAGCAGAUAGUAGUAACCCCUGUGCAUCCAGGUGUUCAAAUGUGUUCGGCUCAACUAAAUGAAGAGAAUGAGGAUUUCUCCGGAAGAAGAAGAUAUCAUCAAACGGCUACAGUUACAGGUCAAUACGUUAAUGUCGAUUAAAUGUAUGAAAUUAUGUGAUCUUUCCGAAAUUAUCAAUUGUGUGAGUUUAUAUGCUAUUCUAAUAACAAAUAGUAGCGCGUCUUUUUCAGUGGCAAGAACAGAUUAUGCAUAUAUACUAAUGGCUAAUAUUUAAUAUUAUAUUUUAAGACUUGAUAAGGAGCAGCUUACAGCAAUCUUUAGACAACUAUCAUUUUCACUUCUCAUUUUAUAAUAUUGUCAAUCGCGCAAACAGCUAGUCUAACUUAUUUAAUGUGCAUACGCAUUUGAAAUGAAAUGCAGCUUUAAAAGUAGUUUUUAACAAUCAAUGGGAUCAUAUGUAAAAUUGAUUGUAUGAAACGUACAAAGAACUGAUGUAAUGGUAGCGUUAGAUUUUGUAAGUAUUUACUUAUCGCGAUUGACGUACGUAGGGAUAAUUUAAACAAAAGGAAAUGAUUUAUCCUUACAAUGUCAUAAGACUUGUCGGACAGAAAAUAUUCACUUCAUCUGAUGUUGAAGACGAUAAAAUAUCCGCGAGAAUUUAUCGUCUUUGAUAUGAGAUUACUUUUUUACAAUUGAUUUUAUUCGUUCAGAAGUUAAUCAAGUGACAAUGACAAGUGUAUGGCAAUCGCAUCGUGCAUAAAAAUACUCUGUAAAUAUCUAAUAAUAUAUAUUUAUACACUAUUUAACACUUUUAUAAUUCUCGUACAAAUGCACGAACAAUUUUGUAAUUACAGAAAGGAAUAUAUAUGUAUGUGUGAAAAGAAA